UUCAGUUAACACUUUAUAAUGAAGUUAAUGACAUUCAAGGUCUUCUCCGGUUUAGCUCAAGCUUUGACCAAAACCCCCUCCGUGACGUCAUCAACGCUGACAGUUUCAAUAGUGAUCCUCUGAUUCUUUCACUUUCUUAGAAAUUUCAGACACAACAGAACAUAUAAAACCAAACAACCUCUGUUUCACAUCCCUAUGUAAAUAAAUGGAAAAAGCAUCCAAUAACAACAACAACAACUCCAAGAAACUCUCGACGAUGCUUCAAAAAGCGUUGACAAUUGGUCACAGUGCGACGCCGUUUAGUCCUGUAAGAGACUUCCGUCACAAACGUACGAUUUCCACGGCGAGCAGAGGAUACUUCUUCUCUAGUCCGUUAACACCGUUGCUUCCAACGUCAGCUAGAGCUAGGAGAAGAACCAAGAGUAACGGCGGUGUUGUUGUCGCCGAACCUGCUUCGCCUAAAGUGUCCUGCAUCGGUCAGAUCAAACUCGCUAAGUCGAAACGUCCGGAGAAGAUCACGAGAGCAGCUAAGAAUCUCGAAACGUCGUCGUCUUCUCUUGUUAAAGAGGAAGGCAAAGGAGGAGGAGGAGGCUGGUCGAAACUAAAACGUCUCUUCUCAAAGGGAAGAACUCCUUCGAGAAAAUCCUCUGCCGCUGUCAUUGAACAUCCUGUCGUGGCGGUGGAAGAGGUUGGGGCGCCGUCGUUGGAUAAGAUGAAGAAGUUUGCGACCAGCAGGGAAUCUCUUGGUGGAUUUGAUUGGAGUGUGGAGAUGAAACGUCAAGAAGAUGAAUCUCGAGUGGAUCAUCGCCGAGGUUAUUCUGCUGAUGAGGAAGAGAAGAUGAUUCCGUGCUCUGUAAGCAUGCCUCUGAGUCAGAGAGAGGGGUUGAGUUUGUGUCCGAGAGAGAAGAGUGAAGUUAAUUUGUGGGAGAGAAGAACCGUUGAUCGACCAAAACCACUUCAAGUUAAAUCUUGUUAUUAAAUUUUGUAUUUGUUACUAUUCUAUGUAUACAUGUUUUUUGUGUGUGUUUGAACUUGGUUUCUACGUACUAGGUCUGGAUUUUGUGGAUAGAUCAAAACGUUUUUAUUUAUUUUCGUCUAGACUAUACAUAUAUCGAGUUUAAGAAGCGAAAUAUUGGCCUAUGUGUGUUUGUUUUAAGUAAUUGUUAUUGAAUUACAACCAAUUUUUGUUCUC